UUAUUGAGCGCCCACAGUCGCGGCUCUGAUCUUCUGCAGGCGAAUUCUGUGGGCGUUGCAGCAACCCCGCCAACGCACCGACGAGUCGAGUUAUCAAGGAUACGGAAUUCACCAACCUGAAACCGCAGGUCACCAGAUCACACGCUACUUCACUUUUGACGAAAGGAAAGGAGCAUGUUCCCCCACCUAAAGGGUCACGGGCAGCGGGUUAAUCUGCAGUUGCUGCAGGAAGCCGCUUGCCGCGAACUGGUGCAACAGUUGGAGAGCAUCGAGGGUUCCAAGGUUAUCGUGUUGGACGAUGCCAUGAUUGGACCACUGGAUUUGGUUACGAGGCCCAAGCUUUUCGCCGACCGCGGAAUCCGACUGCUGGCUUUAAAACCGGAGCUUCACUUGCCGCGGGAGGUGGUAAAUGUGGUGUAUUUGGUGCGUCCGCGGGUGGCGCUAAUGGAGCUGCUUGCAGGCCACGUAAAGGCCGGUGGCCGAGCAGCGGCUGGACGCCAGUACCAUAUCCUGUUUGCCCCUCGUCGCUCAUGCCUCUGCAUUAGUCAACUGGAGGUUAGUGGCGUUUUGGGCAGCUUCGGGCGCAUUGCGGAACUGGCGUGGAACUAUUUGCCGUUGGACGCUGGUUUGGUUUCCAUGGAGCUGCCAAACGGCUUCCGCGACGUAAGCGUGGACGGCGACACCAGCUCGCUCUACCAGGCAGCAGUGGGCCUGGUGCAGAUCCAGCGGCUCUACGGUCGCAUCCCCAAAAUCUAUGGCAAAGGCGAGUUCGCACAUAGGGUGUGGGAGCACGCCAAGCAGCUAGGACGGGACGAGCGUACUCUCUACAACGGUGACAAGGGCGUCAUCGAUCAGAUGAUCCUCCUUGACAGAAGCAUCGACCUGAUCAGUCCGUUGGCCACGCAACUCACAUACGAAGGGCUCAUAGAUGAGUUUUACGGCAUCCGGCAAAAUAAGCUAACCCUGCCCGCCGAGAACUUUCCCUCUGACGGAUCUAUCACCGGUGGCGGAGGUAGUGGCUCACGAGCAGAUGAAUCGCAGUCUCUGCUGGGUGACUCCGAGAAGAAGACCAUACUUCUACACUCCGGUGAGCAGUUGUAUGCGGAACUGCGUAACAAGCACUUUAACGAGGUAACCAAGCUUCUAGCACGCAAGGCGCGCGAAAUCCAUGUUCAGAUGCACGCCACCUCGCAGGACAAAAGCGUUCAGGAAAUCAAGAGCUUCGUAGAGAACCUGUUACCGCAGCUUAUGGCCCAGAAGAAGGCAACGUCAGAGCACACGGCAAUCGCAGGUCUUCUGCACGAACAGGUGAAUGCUGUGCGUUUCGCAGAUGAUUUAGCCGCCGAGCAGGAGUUUAUGGUCUGCGCUGAUAUUGAUAAGCCAAGCGCAUACAUCGAGGACCUGAUUGCCUGCAAAGUGGAGUUGCAUCGCGUCCUACGACUCAUUUGCCUCCAGUGCAAUGCUGCCUCCGGGUUCAAGGAGAAAUUGCUCAACCACUACAAACGCGAGCUGGUCCAUGUCUACGGCCUCGAAGUGCUGCUCACUAUCAGCAAUUUGGAGAAAUCGGGCCUCCUCCACCUGCAAACGGAAUCGCGAGCCUACAGCGUUCUCCGAAAGACACUUCAUCUCACCGUGGACGACAAUGUAGAGGUUGAGCCGAAGGACAUCAGUUACGUACACAGUUUUUACGCCCCGCUAACUGGUCGAAUAGUGGAAAACUCCAUAAAACCACUAGGAUGGCAGACGCUCAAAAGCCAGAUCAACAAUUUGCCCGGUCCGACAUUCGAAGAUUUUCAAGCUCAAUUGGUGGGAAUCGGUGGUCGGCACACAGUCACAACGGUUAGCGAGGGAUCGCUGCUGAAUGUGCCACGAGUUGUGUUGGUCUGUUUUGUGGGCGGAUGCACCUUUGCCGAAAUCGCUGCGCUGCGGUUUCUAUCAGCCCAGGAGGACAACAACGUGGAGUUUCUGAUUGCCACCACGAAGGUGGUCAACAAACACUCCUUCCUGGACAGCCUGAUGAGCUCGUGAGGGCGGCGGCUGAGCCGCUUGGAGGCCCACCGCCUGUCCAACGACCACGGCCUAACACGUGGAUGAAACGCAUCGGAGCCGCUAAAGCCGAGACCGAAACGAAAGGGCAAACGGCGCAGCGCGGCGAUUGUAAUUGCGGAUUAGCAUUUGGUAUGCUAAGAAUGUUGUGAAUGGCUUGGUUAACAAGCGUUCGCUGGCACGUCAAAAGUCAUAAAUAAUAUAUAUAUUUUUCGAUCGCGGCUUUUAUUCUUGUAUUCUAUAUAUAUAUCGUAUUUUAAAAAUGUGUAUAAAUACAUGCAUAUAUUCAUAUAUCCAAAUAUGUACAUUUAUGAAUUAUAGAAAUUAAGUGACAAAGAUUCCAAAUUAAAUCCAUUCAAAUUUCGUGCAAGAAAUGAUUAUAGUUAUAAGUGUAACGAAUUCCAAAUUAAAAUCACUCAAGUUUGUGCAAGAAAAUAUUGUCCUAAUAAAGUAUUUAGCCAAUGUUAUAUUAUA